GGGAGCACAAAGGAAGCAGCGCGCAUACUGUUCGUUUAGGAGGGAGAUAAUUGGGUGCGUGAUGUAAACAUGGAAUUAAAAAAACCGUAAGAGUGCAUUUAUUUUUCACAAUGCGCUGAUCCAUUAUCGGUGUUUAAUAUUACAUGAGGCUCUGGCUAUGAACCACGUAUCUGUCUGGACAAGGGAAGACAGGCAGCAAGUGAGAAAUUGAAGCCAAGAGUGGAGGAGAGGAAAGAGGAGUUGAGCAUUCUUUCAUCUUCGCUUCAGGGUUUUAUCUGGAGUUUCUCGCUGGCUUUGGACCGAAUCCGCUUCAUUAAGACGUGAUGUCUGGUUUUUAAGCUGACCACACCGUCAAGAACAGAUUUCUUCUUCUUCUUCUUUUCACAUGCUUCCCCCUUUUGAAUAUAGAAUGACAAAAGGAAAACACGCCAAUAUGUUGCAUUUCUGAGACACGUCUCCGUGGGUGAGGCCCACUGAUCCAGAAAUUCCUUCAAACCCCCUCAAUCCCUUCCCCCUACCUUCUUCUCUCCUUUAGACCCCGUCGCCUCCACUUUAUCCACCAUGACUUCCACAAGCCAGCUGUUUGGCUUGGCUGAGGUGGGGCUGAGGUGUGACCAGGAGAUUGAGAGGAGAUAUGAGAUUGUGCCCUCUGUGGUCUGCUCCAUGUGCUGCCUCUUUGGAAUCAUCUAUUGCUUCUUUGGCUAUCGAUGCUUCAAGGCCGUGUUGUUUCUAACAGGCCUAAUGUUUGGCUCUGUGGUCAUCUUCAUGCUAUGCUAUAAGGAGAGGGUGAUGGACACUCAGCUGAGUGUGGAGGCGUCCGUGGGCAUCGGCCUGGGCAUCGGGACCCUGUGUGGUCUGGUGACGAUGCUGGUUCGCAGUGUGGGGCUGUUCAUGGUGGGCCUGCUGCUGGGCCUGCUGGUUGGAGUUGCAUCACUGGUGGUCAUGGAGGAGUUCUACCACCCCAGAACAGUGUGGGUUCCUCUGGGUAUUCUCUUGGGUUCUGGGACACUAUUUGCUGUCCUCACACUACAGUGGCAGCGCUGCUUUGUCACCCUCUCCACUGCCACAUUUGGCUCUGCCAUCAUAACCGUAACCGUGGAUUAUUUUAUAGAGCUGUUCGCUUUGGUACACUACGUUUAUGAGAGACUCAAGGUGGAUCCCAAGAAGCCAGUGUGCUGGUUUACUUGGGUGAUCAUGGGGGUGUGGCCUGUCCUGGCACUCCUCGGAGUGCUGAUUCAGUGGAAAGUCACUGCAGAGGGAUUUUCUCACACAGAGGUGGUUUUAAGUCGACAGCAGCGAAAGGUGCAGCUCAUGCGGAUUCGACAGAGAGAAGAGAGGCUGAAAAAGGAGAAGGAAAACAAAAAGAAGAAAAAGAGACAGAGCCAGAAAGCAGGGCACAAGCAGAAGACUCAUUCCCAUCACAACCACCAGCAGUACCACCACCCAGCAGCAUCUCACCCUCAUCACCAAACUCAGAGCUCUCAGCCUCCUAAAGUCCCUCCUCCUCCUCCUCAGACUGAGCCUGGCUACCACCGCAAAGCCAACUCCAAAAGGCGCUUUGAUGGAGAUGUGCUGUCUCCGAGUUACAUCAGGAGUUUCAGGGACAGACAGACAGACAGACGGGCGUACUCCCACAGUAGAAUGAUGAGCCGGUCUCGGAUGGCUGAACUUGACUAUGACUGCGGUUCUCAGGUGCCCCUUACAGCACCCAGUGGACCCCCAGUUCGCAUCUGAGGCAGUUAAUUGCACAGAUCCACACACACACAUGUGCACCAUCACAGGCUACUUCAAGACUCACUGAUAAGGAUAAGAAACCUAACCUAACCUAACCGUGCCAACCCAAUCAACUGCCUAUUAAGCCAACAGGAGCUCAAAGUGCUCCAGAGGUGGUGUGACCCACACUGCUAUUCUCCUGUCAGACCCACUGAAGUAUUUAUUUGGUCUGUUUUUUUCCUUUUAAUGUCUAAAAACAGUGAUUUUCUUUGUCGGAAGUGUGAGUCAUCAUAUGUUAUAUUUGGCUUCUCUGUAAUUGUACUUACAUGGAAAACACUGGAAACAAGUGAAACGCUCUUAUGCAUAGUUAAUUAAACUGUCUCUGUUGAACAUUUGAUACGAAGAUUUAUACUGGUUGGUUCAAGCCAUACAAUGUAAUUUCUAGUGGGGAAGAAAAAUCACUCCACAGGAGCCCCACAUGAUGUUAGAAAAAAAUUGCAUUAAAAAAAUUGCCUUUCAUCAAGUUAAAGUAAAAGAACACUUUACUCCAAAGGUAAUUAAAGGAUUAAACAUUUUGACUUAAGGAAGCAUCUGCUGUGAAAAAUGACUGAAAAGCAACAUAAAAAAAUCACAGCAAACACUGAAACUCAAAGGGAGCUCUUCUCAUUUAAAAGGUCAUUCAUGAAGUCUUUUUUUUUUAUCUUCACUGACAGCUUGUAAAUUCAAACGUUGCAGCACAAGGCCUGUACUGCUUCAACAUGCAGAAAGAGACAAGUUUAGGUGUGAAUUGGAUUAAACGGUUUACACCAAAGACAAUGUUUGUGUUAUUUCUGUUGUCAAUUAAGUGUCAUUCCCUGCGCUGUUGUGAUUUUCAAGGAGACUGCUUUUACAUCUCACCACUUUCCUUGUAUCCUCUAUUCUAUUGUCAGCCAUUCCAACUACAGACCUGAACAGGAUACUCAUCUGUCUGCUCUUCUUUCCUCUCUCCAUUAAACAUUUCUGUAAGCAAUGUGAUUUUAUUUAUUAACAGUGCUCUUGUGUCCCUUUUUGCUCUUUUCCACAAAGCUUCUGUUAAAGACAAAUAGCUGCUGUCCGAUAUUAAUCAUUCUGGAAUUUGAUUGAUGUAAUGAAGUCUGAGAAUAAUAGGCAACAGUAAAAAUGUUAAAAAUAGUGUAUUUUUGUGUGUGUGAGUGGACACAUGAGCCCUGUGGCAAUUGAUGGAACAUACCAAAU